ACGUUUCUGCUGAAUUUGGAUUAAAAGCGUUCCUUGAGAUUAAAUUAAGUCAAAUUUUAGGCACUUUGAGAUCAGAAAUCUUAUUUAAUUGCCUGCUAACAGUAAGCAUGUUUUCGGCUUCGAAUCGGUGCAGUGUUCAUCUCUCUCUUCGAAUGACGGCGAGCCGACAACCCUGGCACACGAAGGGUGUCUCAAACAACAAAAAAGCUGCGGCGCCACUUUGACGUGCGACUCCCAUCAGACGGUUGGUUUGGCUCUCGCGGCUGUAUUCGGUUUUCUGUGUGCCUGUAUCAAGUAGAGAGAGUCGAGCGCAGAGCACACACACCUAACCAACCACACCAACCAACCAACCAAGCCACAGCAGAGCCCGAAGAGCAGAAACAAGCAACGGCUCCACAUUGGACAUGUCAUGUCAGCAAGUGUACAGACUCCAUUCAGCCACCGCAACAGCCACGUUACCUAGGAAUCCCGCCAGCAGAAACAGGAGCCUUGCCGCAGCAGCCUCGCCAGCAGCUUCCAUCAGUGUCACAGCCAGGGCAGGAACAGCAGCAACGCUGACGCCAGUGGAGAGCAUAGCCAGCAAAACGACGUCCGAGGACGCGGAUCCCUAUGCCUUCACAGAGGCCGUGGCAGUUGCACCUCCCAUUUUAUUCAAUGCACAGAAAUCUCGAGCCCGCCUAAGCGACACCACCAGCAACCGGAGUUGCAGCAGCAACAAGAGGCAAAUAGCAGCAGGAGCUGCCACAAGCGGCAGGAAGGUGGGCCUGGUGGCCCAACGCAGUUCCGCAGUAGCAGCAGUCCCGCAGGCAGCACCCCCAAAGGCGCAGGCGUCUUUAGCAACCCCAGCCAGCACCAGCACAUCAACAACAACGAAUUUCCACUAUGCCACGCAAUCUCAGAGACAACCAGUCCUUCCGCCAGUGCAUCUGCAGCUUCAGUUGUCGCAGCAAACGCCGCAGCUGCAGUCGCAGGCGUCCCCGAAACGGGCCAAUGUGUGCAUAGUCCGCCCGCAGCAGCAGCAGCAAGAGAAGUCCGCCGAGCCUUCGGAGCCCUGCCAGCAGCUGACUGCCCCACCACCGCCGCUGUAUUCCCAUACACCGUCGCUCUGGCAGACGCCGCUGCUGCUGGAUAACAGUCAGAAGCAGCAGCAACCGGUGCAGCUCAUCCACCCGCAACAGCAACAUCUCCCGCAGCAGCAGCAGCCACAGCCGCAGCAGACUGUUGCGCUGGUCAGCCCGCCCUCAUCGCCCGCCUCACUACCCUCGCCAACUCUGCCGCCGGCCAGCGGAGCAGUGACCGCCAUGGUGGCUCCGAUUUCGGUGUCGCCCAAGGGCAGCGGUCUGCCGCUACCGCCCUCGAAGUUCCAUCACACUACGCUGGCGCAGCACCUGCAGAAGGUGGAGUGCCUGAAGAAGAAGAAGUCCCUGCCGUUGGUAUGCCAAAUAAACAAUAACAACAACAUUAAGCUCCAGAACAACAACAGCAUCGGAGAGUCACUUAACAAGUCGGUCGCCUACAACUACACCCAGCCGCCGCCUCUGACGGUUUUCAAAGCGUCUGCUCCCUCGCAGCCUGCUGUCCCAUCACAGAAACAUUCCGCCGGCAAGAAUCUGGAGGAGAGCGAUCUCAGCGACAUACCCGUUAAUGUUAUAUUCAGGAAGCCGAAAGUGGCAGGAACAGCAGAUGCGGAAAUAACUGUGGGGGGAGUCAAGCUGGUUACCCCUUUGACCCCGCCUACUCCGCCGGAGAUCAAAACUCCCCCGCCUCUGUUGGCUCAACUGCACCCUCAGAUACCGCCGCCAGCUUGUGCUCCCAGCUCACUGCAGAAACCAGCAGUACCCACACCACUCGCACCGGCCAUAACCCCCACUUCAGCCAAGAAAUCUGAACAAAUGUCUUCCAAAGUCGCCAACAGAAAAGGCAACACAAACACCCACAACAACCGCCAAGCCGCCAAGAAAGUUAUGCCACCGCCCCAGGAACCGGCGACAUCUCUUACAAGCAAGACGGAGGAACCGACAACUCGCCAGCGACGCCCCACAUCCGGUUCAAAGCCCGUGUCGGUGGCUCUGAUCGAGAACCAGAACUUUCCGACGGACUCGCCCUACUGCCUGCAGCAGUACUGGAUGCACUCUUCCGGCCUAAACUACUCCAAAGAUGUGUCCGCGGACACGCCGCUCUCGCCCAGCAACAAGCGGGAGGAGAGGAUUGCGGUGAAGAAAGGUAUUCUGCGGCGGCAGGCUCUGCAGUUGCUCUCCACCCGUUCGCUGCAGGAGCUGCCACUUCGUGCCGCAAAGCAGCGGCUUCAGAGUGUCCAGACUCUGCUGGUUAAAUAUCAGGAUCAUGCUGCACAGCAGCAGGGAAUUGGCAUUGGGAAUCGAUGUCUAGUGGCCAACUGUAAGCUUCCCACUCUGAGCAUGGCAGCGCACUGCGAACGCCACAUCGUGAACAACGAUACGCAGCAGUUGUUCCAGCCCUGUGUGGCCUGGCGUGUGGAUGGAACUGCCUGUCAGGCGCCCGUCUUCGAUGUCCUGCACACGCUGGCCUUGUGCAAGGUGCAUAGCCACCUGCGGACUGGCCUAGACGCGGCCCGACCAGCUCCGCGACUCAGUGUACCUUCCGCUGGAGUUGGAGUAGCCUGCAGUGCUGCUGGGAAUGUCGGCGCUACGCAGCGCAAGCGUAAGGCCAACUCGAGUCCCGUAACGCGUCCUCAGAAACGGGGAAGAAAACCGCUGGCUGAGCAGUUCGUCCCGCAACUCCAAUCCCACACGCUCCAGGCCAACACUCUUCCCCUGAUUCCAUCCUCGGGAAUGCAGCGCAAGAGUAGCACCACCUCGCUGGAGUCCAUUGCUAGCAAUUCGCACUCCUCGCACUCCACAGUGGCAUCAGUUCAGAACAUGCCGCAGCUUUCCAUACCGCCGGCCCUGGUACCGCUCAGCGGCGAUUUCCACGCGAAGCAACAGCAGCAGCAACAGGAACAGGAACAGCAGGUGGUGCCCAAGCUGGAGAUCUUUGAUCCCGUGUUCAAGUUUGUAGACCAAAACCAAUUGAGCUCUGGAGUGCCCGUGGACAGUAGCCUCAACUUGCUGGCAAACGCCAACAUAAAGGCCGAAGAGAUUAGCCAGAUUGUGGCUCAACUGGCAGCCGCUGGUGGCGAUUUGCACCACCACAACAACAAUAAUAACAACAACAUUAGCAACCAGAACAACAAUAGCGUGCAUUUCAACAACAACAACAUGAACUUCACCAACAGCAACAGUCAGCAGCACCUCAGUUUUCCGUCCUUUAGUACGGCUUUUGGAAGUGCUAUGGGCCAGCCGAUCAUACCGCAAAACGGGCAUGCAACUCCAUCAGCAGGGCUGGCCAACACGGCGGAUAUUUUGGGCCAAGAAAUGCUUAGUAUCUGCGAGAAUAGCUCGGCGUACGCCAGCUCAGAGGACACUGGACUGGGAGGGCUGAGCGAGUCCGAGCUGAUUGGCGCCAACGAUGCUGAUGACAUAGCAUUGGUAGCGAACGGUGCCCACUUGCUGGAGGAGCACGAUCUGGUCAAUGUGUUCGACACGCUGCCGGACGAUGCUUUCAACGAGUUGUUCGAAUCUGUGCAACAAGCCGAGUGCGAAGCUAUGGACCGGGCGCUCGAGAUUGCCGACAAGAACCUCAAGUGUCUGCAGCAGACGAUUGGUGGCUCGGCAGACAGCGCCUUCCUCAAUGAUUUCCUCGACGUGGGCGAUGAUCUGUUAGCGGAUGCCGUGAUGCAUUCGCCGAAUACCUCCGGUAUCGAUGCAUCCACGUUGUUCGUGGACAGCAGCAGCGGCGGCGGCAACAGCAGCAGUAACGGCGGCUCCGACAUUUCGCGAUUGGUGCAGACUUAAUUUAGAGGAACACCCGCCAACAAACUAAACUUACUUUUGAGCACUUCUGGGCAGCUUCCGUUUCGGUCCCACACUUCCGUUUGGCAACUUUCUCGGCCCGUUUUCACUUUUCCAUUCUGUAGGCUGCCCAAAUAUGAAAGCAUACGUUAGGAAAUAUAUACAUUCAAAUAUAUAAAUAUAUAUAUAUAUAUUUAUUCGUUAAUGUAUAAAAUAUAAAAAGCUAAAAAUAGCACUGACUUCAAAAAAAAAAAAAACAAGAAAAAAAUCAGAAAUGUCCAAAAAAAGGUUUAGUUCAACUUAAAAACUUAAACACAUAAAUAGAAAUAGCAUUAUAAAUUAAAACGUAAACGUAAAUACUUUGUUAGUGAGCCAAGAAAAGAUUGUAGCGAGCAGCUUUAUUAAAUACUUAAAAACAAUCAACAAAUUGAAUUAAAACAGCAGCAAAAUAGGAACCGUAGAUAGAAUCUUGAUUUUGAAAUACCAUCCAAGUAAGCCCCGACUUCUACUGAAUCAUUUUUGAGAAUCCGCCUAAUCCUUAAAACGAAACUCCUUUAUAUUAGGUCGGAAGAAGCAGCGUCUGAGUUACAGUUCUGAGUUUGGUUUAUCUUUUGGCUUGCACACAGACACACUGAGACACCUACAUCCACACAAACACACCUUCCACACCCCCACCCACACACACAUACAAUGUACAAGGGUCUAGUUUGAAACCGCGAAUCGUAUUACUAAAUAUACAACUAUAUACUUAUAUAUAUAUGAAAUAUAUCACAUUUAAGUAUAAGCUUUAAUUUAAACGAACCCACAAACACCCAAAACAAAGAAAAAUCAACAAAAAAAUCAUAAUUUUGUAAGCUUUUUAUUGGGCCAUUGCGCUUUGGCCGGCAACUUUGAUUUCAGUUCAGUUUUUUGUUGAGCCUAACAAAUUUUAAAUGCGAGCUUAGGCUGAGCGAGAAUUUUAGAGCUAUUGUAUUUUAUUCCUUGCGUUACGUCUUCUAAAUUUUGUAAAAAUAACAUAAAUAUAAAAUAGAUCUUAACGAGAUGUAAUUUUCUUUAGUCUAUAUAGAACCGAGAUAAGCAUAUAUAGAAACGAGAUAUAUAUAUACACAACACAAAACAUGCAAGAAAACUGUUACGCUUUAAAUACGAUUAUACAUAUAUACCCACUCACUUAGCCCGUUCCCAGAUCGCGCCCGAACCAAACAAUCCAAACCAUUCCAUCCCCAUUCAUACGAUCGAUCAAAGUCCAUUGUAAGUUUUCAUUUCUCAUCUGUCGCCAAGUAUUAAACGGAAUGAAUUGGUGGUUUAGAACCUUAUUUAACGAAACUAUGUAUUGUAAAUGUAUCAUGUCCUUCGGUUUGUGUUGAAGCCACCCACAACCCACACCCCCAUCGCCCAUCGCCCAUCGCACAUCGCACUGGCAUCUCUCAUUGGGAUUUUCAUUUGGGAAAAUCAAGGGAAGGAAGCGACUCUACACAUAAUAGCGGAACUCUGUAAUAUAUGAUAUACUAUUAACUCUCCCCUACAGUCUCACUCUCUAUCUCUAACGAAAAGAAGCCCUUUCUAGAAUAUAAUGUACUGGAUCGAGUUAGUUUUGGUUAGCGAUUACCGACUACCGACUACCGACUUGAUUACUCCUAAGUUUUCUGGCCUGCGCCCACUCAGAUCUACUCGCGAACAAAAUUUGUGUUUUGAAACUAAAAUGUAUUCGACUUUAUGCUUUAAACCCUAUUUUUAUACCACUUUACUUUGUAAGAAACUGCAGAGAUGUAACCACUGAGCCCACGUAUCCCUCCAGUAGCAGCAGCCUCGUUUCCAUUCGAUUUUUUUUUUGUUUUCGCGGUAUGAGGUACGAUUUCAUUUUGUAAUUUACGUGCAUUUUUGUGAUCUAAUUUGUGUAACUACUUUAAACGAAAAAACAAAAAAAACAACAAAAUAUUUUAAGAAAUGAAAACAAAAAAACAAUAAAAACCAAACAAGCAAAGAAAAA